AUGCACGAAUCGUUCGCGAACGACGUCGUUCGUGAAUUAUUACCUCGAGGGAUAGAUGCUUUAGCAGCCUUCGAUACCAUCUCGCAGCUUCGAGCGGCCGUUGACCCCUGGCCCCUCGGGGGAACAAUCGAUACCUUCAGCGACGAAAUAAAAGGCACAGACCCGCCAAAGCAUACUUGGUCGGAUUCCUCAACAGCCAGAGAGGACCCCGACUCCAUUAUCCUGGACCACUAUUGUGCCCCCUCUAGCCCAGAUCUCUCCUUAAGACGAGGGCCUAUUUCCAUAGAAGACAGUUGA